UUUUCAGAAAAAAUCUCAAAAACUCCUUUUUAUGGGGAAAAAUAUGUAUCUGAAAUCUUAAGGAUCCAUUACUACUUCCUGAGACAAAGCAGCUUCGUGUUAGGAAUCAAUACCGGCACCUUCCCUUUUGGAUUCAAGUGACACUGGUUUACAGGGAAGUCCGUGGUCCAAGGGUACAAUUUCACACUUGCCAUCUGUAAGGACUGCACCAAGCCCUCCUCCACCCAAGCUUUCUCAGCCCUGAGCACGCCACACAAGCUAAGAGAAUUAAGAUCUGAGAGUCUGAAUUGUUCAAACAAAACCAAUGGUGAAUGGGUAUUAGUUCCAACCAAAUUACGGAGAAGUGUGAAAUGAAAACAAGACCAGAGGCAACUUCUGGGAAGAUGCUUUAUUUUGGAUUGACUGACUACUUUGUGUUUUCAUGUUUGCCAAAGUCUUCAAGCUCUGGGCACCGGUCUUCCAGUUGCUAGUGUAAGAAAACAAAUGCUGACUCGUGUCAUUUGUCCCAGAUGCCACCGGAAAUGACAUCUUCCCCCCCCAGACACUGGUUCACAAAUGUAACAGCACCCAGCAGUGAAUUUUACUGCCUUGCUGCCCACACUGCUCUCCAACCUGACACUGUUCCGGAUCCACAGUCGAAAGGAGUCUGUCAAGAGAUCUAGAAGCAACUGAGAGGUAUAUGUCUUAACCACCAGCUGCCUUAACAAUUCUUUGCCAGGCGGUGGUCCUGCUCGUCGUGCUGGAGCUGCAGUGUGCUUGCCUUUCAGCUGCUGCCAGCACCGCCUCCCGGCCCCGUCCCGUCCCGCCCCUCGCUGUGUCCUGCAGCCCGGCCUGCGUGGGAACCGCCGGCUCCGGGACUCGAUCUGCGGCCGAGCGCGUGCAGCCGCGCCCAGGUUUAAGUCCUUUGGAAUCCUGUCCUGUGGGCACCUCCCAGCCAUUCUGUCCUUGCUCUCCUAGCAAUCCACAGACCCACACUGGGCCAGAGAAGGAGCCAGGCCUUGUGCCCUGGGCGCCAUGGCCCCCCUGCUGACCUCUAGAGAAGUUCAGCAGCUGCUGCACAACAAAUACGUGGUCAUCAUGGGGGACUCCGUUCAGAGGUCCGUGUACAAGGACCUGGUGCUCCUGCUGCAGAAGGACUGCCUGCUUACCCUCAGCCAGCUCAAGGGCAAGGGCGAGCUGAGCUUUGAGCAGGACGAGCUGUUGGAGGGAGGCCAGCUGUGCGCCAUGCACAGUGGCAUCAAUUACCAGGAGGUCCGCCAGUUCUGCUCCGGUCACCACCUGGUGCGCUUCUACUUCAUCACACGAGCGUAUUCCAAGUACCUCAAGACCAUCUUGAGAGACCUGCAGUUGGGUGAACAGCCCCCAGACUUGAUCGUCAUGAAUUCCUGCCUCUGGGACCUCUCCAGAUACGGCCCCAGGGCCUUGUCCAGCUACCUGAAGAACCUGGAGUACCUGUUUGGACACCUGCGCCAGGUGCUGCCCGAGUCUUGCCUCCUGGUGUGGAACACAACCAUGCCGGUGGCCGAUAAGAUCAAAGCCAGCUUCCUCCCGGCCAACUACAAGCCCUAUCUCAACAACCUGAAAGCCCAGGUGAUGGAAGCCAACUUCUAUAGCUCCACCGAGGCCUCAAAGCACAACUUCGAUGUGCUGGACUUGCAUUUCCACUUCCGCCUGGCCCAGCAGUACCGGCACACGGACGGGGUGCACUGGAAUGAGGUCGCGCACAGACACCUCUCGCAGCUGCUGCUGGCCCAUGUGGCGGAAGCCUGGGGUGUGGAUCUGCCCCCCAGUGGUCGGGUGGGCAAGUGGAUCAAGGAGGGCCCUGCUAGGAAAGGAGCUGGCCAGAGGGUGGAGACACGGGCUGGCAGGGGUGCCCUGGCCAGGUCUCGAUCCCGACCCUACCCCCAACCCGGUCCUCUUAUGCACAGAGCCCUGCUCCCUUUCCCGCCCCCAUCCCCGCCCCCACCCCCGCCCCCACCCCCUCCCUAUGGCCUACCUCCACCCCUACUCCCUCUCCCACCACCUCACUCUGUGCCCCUUCUUCAGUUGAGCCCGUUCCCCCGCUACCCCCCAGAUGUCCAUUUCUCCCCAGGCCAGCCUGGCCAGCCUGGUGAAGCCCCCAUAGAUUUCCACUCAGAUGUCCCCUUAGGCCCCCAGUCUGGAUUUACCAUUGGUGCUGAGUUUAUGUUGGACCCGCAACCACCUUCACUCCCCUACCCCCCACCCUGUUCCCAGCAGUGGGGCCCUGUGGUUCAUAGAGGAUAUCCCCGGCUUCGGCCUCCUGCUCCUUAUAGGUCUGGCAGGCUGCUGCCCAGGCCUUUCAAAAGAAGACCCCGUGUCCACCCAGAGCCGAGACCUCAGUAGACUGCUACCUCGGGCCUUUGUCUUCUGAACGUUGACUUAGGUCCCCUCGUGGGCUUCUCUGUCCAUUCCCGUUGCCGGUUUGAUGCAUUCCUAUGGGCUCUGUUCCUUUGACCCACAGUUCAGUAGCCAAGCAUUCCAGCCCACCCACUCCGUACUUUUGUAAACAAGAUUGGAAUAAAGACAUUAUUUCUCAGAGG